ACAGAGCGGCUCCAUCGUGUAUAUCCUUUAAUUAUAAAGGUGUAUCCGACUGGAACUGUGGAAAGAUGUGUCCGCGUACUCCGAAAUAAUCUUCCCACAACAAUUGAAAACUUCGUUGAGAAGCAACCAUUUGACAAUGAGAACUGUUAACUUGUUGAAGUCCCUCUGACGAUGCUGGAUAUGCUCCCUUUAUAAACAACCGUAACAGGAAGUCACCUUUAAACUCAUACAGCCUACGACAGCGUCCGGUGUACAGGGAAGUUUUAUUCCUGUACAAGAAACUUAUUCUAACUAUACUACAUGUAUACUUCAAAGUUCCAUUUUUAUGUAAUUUCGUUUCGUCUGUUAGAGUUUACAAAAUUACGAAAAUGAAACUCAAGUAUUUUGACAGUAAUGAGUUUGUUUCUUGUGAGGUAAAGUUCAUGGAAACAUAAGAAGUAUACCUACCAUGUGACACACCUAUUGAGUUACCCGAUUACCUCGCCCAUCCGGAGACACAUAGAUGUACUACACCAGGAAGGCAAUCUAGAACUUCUACAGCAUGGGACCUCUACACUUCCUUAGGUUGGUCGGGAUACUGUUAACGCUUAUAUCUGAAGUUGGAGCCUUGCCGAAUGAUUGCGAGCUGCUUGGAAACAUAGACGGAUAUUCCUUGAGCAAGAUAUGUGCUGGAGGGACAAGCCUGGGCCGAAGUGUCCUCGUCGACAUGUAUGAUACCAAUGACCUCGGUCUGAGCACGUGCGGGUGUAAGGUUUUGGUACAUUCACCAUCUGGAACUACGUCUUUAUCAAUUUCGAAUUUUAAAGACCUGGGACCAAACUCUGGUUGUGAAUCAUAUGUAGAAGUUCAGCGAGCUAACGGAGAAAAGAUUACUGGGCAGUGUCACUAUGUAGCGGAGAGCAUGACGGUAGAGGACGGUGACGUCAUCACGAUGACGCUGUUCCGACAGCCACAAAGUGACUCCAGAUAUUGCGUAUCACUAACACUGGAAAACAUUUUGUCGACUGCCAAUGUAACGUGUUCUAAUGAUAUACAAACUACCUCUACACUCACCACGACAGCAUCAACCUCCACAACAACGUCAACACCAGUUACAGCGUCUUCUACUCCAAUACCAACUACAACGCAAAAUAACACAUCAAAAACAACCUACCUACAGCCUACAACAAAUCAGCCUUCAUCUCAACAACCAACAACAUCGCAACUUACCACACCGCAACCCAAUACAAAACAACCAACGACAACUCUAACCACUACAAAACAACCAACAACAACUCUAACCACUACAACUACACUCCAAACCACAGCAAAAGAACCAACUCAGUCUUCGACAUCCCAAGAUAUCAUAAUGGCGUCUUCUAGUAGCACUAAGCUAAUCUCACCGCCGGUAACCACUUCCGGUACAACAAUUCGCGGGGACGCCACGAACAAGAUGAACACAAGCCAGGGCAACCUAGACAUCAUCAUCCCGACAGUUGUUGGCGGAUUUUUUCUCCUUGUCGUGAUCCUAGUUAUCCGUGUGUUCUGUCGCCGUGAGAAACAGACCUACAGGGGAAUGCAGACUUAUUCCAAUCCAGAUUACAGUCAGUUUACAAGCCUUAAGUCUCACUUUGACCGUUCCGUUCACAACAGAAGCGAUGAAGACAUGAAGGAAAUCGUCCUUCAUGACUAUUCAGCAUUCCCUAGCUCACCUCCACCCUGCGAUAUGUACCCAGCUGGAACCACACCAGUUCAUCCUAUCGCAUAUAAAAACAAUACAUAUGAUAACCCUCUCUUUGACGACACCACAGACUCAGAGACUAGUUUAUCAGAAGGGAGCGCGUCAGCAGUGGUUGUUGCUUCCGGAAAUAGUUCUACAAUUGAAGUAGGUGUUUCCAAUGCCGGUCUGGAAACUCCCAGUUACGCGGUGGUAAAUAAAGCUUCAGGUGGAAAUAAUAUUACUUUUAUACAGAUAUAAUUACGACAAUCAGAAUUGUUGUGAACACGACUGUAGCUGAUCCGGCUAUAUUCGUCAUCUUGCCGUUUGAGUACUUUCAGUACAUUUGUUUCUUAAUUGUGUUGUCCUUGAGAGCUAAGGAAAGAACAUUGAUUAACAAAUUAGUUAGUUAUAUAGUUAUUAACUUUCCUCUAAAUAAACGCCAGUUUUUUAUGACCGAACAAAAUUUCAAGUUAGCUUCACAAAUGCUAUUAGUCAGUAUGCGCAUGACCGGAAAUACCGCGAGUCAAUUGUUAAUGGUUAGUGGUUAAGACGUUUUUGGUCAUGCGCAUACUAACUAUUUUUUUCUUUCAAAAUGUUUUAUUUCAAUAAUUUGCAACUUUUUUUUAUAUACUUAGCAUCUACAUC